AUGCGGAGAGGGACCCUGCUCCCUGAUCGCCGUCGCGCCCCCCCUCACUCCCGCCGCACCGACGUCAUCGCCGACCCUGCCGUCGACGAAAGCCCCGGUUCCUUCGCCAGCUUCAACCUCGGCCCCCCUUACCCAAGCUCCUUUGACCGUUGCCCCGACGGCGAUCCCCCUGACCCCCGCCGCACCGACGUCAUCGCCGACCCUACCGUUGACAAAAGCCCCGGUUCCUACACCAGCUUCAACCUCGGCCCCCCUUACCCCAGCUCCUUUGACCGUCGCCCCGACCGCGGCCUCCCUCACUCCCACCACACCGACGUCAUCGCCGACCCUGCCGUCGACAAAAGCCCCGGUUCCUACACCAGCUUCAACUCCGGCCCCCCUUACCCCAGCUCCUUUCAGCCCCGAUGCCCCGACAGCGGCUCCCCUCACCCCCGCCGCUCCGACGUCAUCGCCGACCCUGCCGUCGACGAAAGCCCCGGUUCCUACGCCAGCUUCAACCUCGGCCCCCCUUACCCCAGCUCCUUUGACCGUUGCCCCGACGGCGAUCCCCUGACCCCCGCCGCACCGACGUCAUCGCCGACCCUGCCGUUGACAAGAGCCCCGGUUACUACGCCAGCUUCAACUCCGGCCCCCCUUACCCCAGCUCCUUUGACCGUCGCCCCGACAGCGCCCCCCCUCACUCCCGCCGCACCGACGUCAUCGCCGACCCUGCCGUCGACAAAAGCCCCGGUUCCUAAGCCAACGUCAACCCUGGCCCCCCUUACCCCAGCUCCUUUGACCGUUGCCCCGACGGCGAUCCCCAUUACCCCCACCGUACCGACGUCAUCGCCGACUCUGCCGUUGACAAGAGCCCCGGUUCCUGCGCCAACUUCAACCCCGGCCCCCCUUACCCCAGCUCCUUUGACGGUUGCCCCGACUGCGGCCCCCCUUACCCCCGCCGCACCGACGUCAUCGCCGACUCUGCCAUCGACGAACGCCCCGGUUCCUGCGCCAACUACCCCCCCGGUUCCCCUUACCCCGGCCCCUAUCACCGUAGUUUCCCCUACGCCGGCUCCCGUUCCCCCUACCCCCGUCGCGGCUUCAUCGUCCUCCUGCGAUGGCGGGAAUCCGUGCCAGAACGGAGGAUCCUGCUCCACGGAUCCGGCCGGGGGAUACUUCUGCUCGUGCGCGGAAGGCUUCGCCGGGAUGGUCUGCCAGAUCAACACAGAUGGUUUGCCCCCAUGGUAUAUCGAGCUGGAGUUCGAAGGAGAGGACUUCACUGAUGACCUCAAGGCGAUUUUCCAGCGGUCAGCGGCCAGAUGGGAGAGGGUUAUCCUCUACACCCCGGGCGGCGGCACCCCAAGCACACCUGCUGGCAGGCUUCUAAUCUCGGUGACUAUCGUCGCUAAGGAUGGUAAAGGUGGGGUCCUCGGUUCUGCAGGGCCGACGGGAACUUGGUGGGAAUAUCCAAGCAUCAGCUACAGCGGGAUAAUGGACACUGUGGGGUGA